CUGGCAACCUUACUACGGCUGUGACGUAAGCAGCUCGUCAGUCAGUGUGCAUCUGGAAGUCGUCGCCAUCCUGCUGAACUAACUGCUGAGCUAACUAGCUGCUAGCAGCUAAUCAGCUGAUUAAUGAGCUCAUUAACUUCUCUUCUAUUGUUCUGUAGAGUAUCUGUGAACUGUUGUGAUGUUUAUUAACCAGUAGAGCGAGAACUGGACUGUGUGUUUGUUAUAUUGUGUAGUUUAUGUCACAUUAGCAGCGGCUAGCUAACAGAGCUAACAGCAGCUAGCUGUUAGCUAGUUAGCUCUAGCUAGCUGCCACCAAGUCAAGCGUUAACGUCAAAGUGAAGGAAGUGAACAGCUGUGGAGGUUGUUAGAGACUCCAGAGUCUGGCUCAUGGUGAGUUAGUGACGGACUGGAGCAGAGGAGCUAGCAGCGUCACAGGGCUAGCUGCUACUGGAGGAUCUUUAGUAACAGAGCUAACAACAUAAGGAGCUGUGACGGUGGCAGUCUGCUGAACUGGAGCUGCUGAACUGGAGCUGGCAUCAUCACAUCGCUCCUCUUUAAACACUGGCUGUUGGGCCUGACAAUCAAAGAAGAUGUCUGAGGGAGAGAACAAGCAGGCCUCGGACAAUGCCCAGGAAGUGAAGGCAGAGUCCACAGGUCAAGCAGUGUCAUCAGUGUCUCCUCCCGUCUCCAUGGUGACCCAGCCUCCAGCGACUGCUGCCACAGAGGAUGAGGAAGAGGAGAGCGAGGAUGAGUCAGAGAUUUUGGAGGAAAGCCCGUGUGGACGCUGGCAGAAACGCAGAGAAGAGGUGAAUCAGCGCAACGUCCCCGGGAUCGAUAAUGCUUACUUGGCCAUGGACACUGAGGAAGGAGUUGAGGUGGUGUGGAAUGAGGUCAUGUUCUCAGAGAGGAAGAAUUUCAAACUACAGGAGGAAAAAGUCAAAGCAGUUUUUGAUAAUUUGAUCCAGCUGGAGCAUUUGAACAUCGUGAAGUUCCACAAGUACUGGGCGGAUGUCAAAGAGAACAGAGCGAGGGUCAUUUUCAUCACUGAGUACAUGUCUUCAGGAAGUCUCAAACAGUUUUUGAAAAAGACAAAGAAAAACCACAAGACCAUGAAUGAAAAGGCCUGGAAGCGCUGGUGCACACAAAUACUCUCUGCUCUCAGCUACCUGCACUCUUGUGAACCUCCCAUCAUUCAUGGCAACUUGACCUGUGACACCAUCUUCAUCCAGCACAACGGCCUCAUCAAGAUUGGCUCAGUUGCCCCAGACACCAUCAAUAACCACGUGAAAACCUGUCGGGAAGAGCAGAAGAGCCUUCACUUCUUUGCUCCAGAAUAUGGAGCUGUUGCCAAUGUUACCACAGCCGUGGAUAUCUAUUCCUUUGGAAUGUGCGCCUUAGAGAUGGCUGUGUUGGAAAUCCAGAGUAAUGGAGAUUCGUCUUAUGUGUCCCAAGAAGCCAUAAACAGUGCCAUUCAGUCCCUGGAGGACCCGCUGCAACGAGAAUUUAUCCAGAAGUGUCUGGAGGUGGACCCCAGUAAGCGACCCACAGCUAAGGAGCUGUUGUUCCACCAGGCCUUGUUUGAGGUGCCCUUACUCAAGCUGCUGGCUGCACACUGCAUCGUCAGCCACCAACAUAUGAUUCCAGAAAAUGCUUUAGAAGAGAUGACGAAGAACAUGGACCCCAACUUGGUGAUUGUUGAGGUCGCCAAGGAGGGAGCUCAGAUGAAGCUCUCUCAGUUUCCUGCCCUCGAGCUGGACAAGUUCCUGGAAGAUGUAAGGAAUGGGAUCUAUCCUCUGACUGCGUUUGGGGUACCGUGUCCACAACAACCUCAGCAGGAGGCGGUGAAGUCGCCCAUAGUGCCGCCGUCAGUAAAGACCCCGACUCCUGAACCUGCAGAGCUCGAGACCAGGAAGGUCCUUCAGAUGCAGUGCAAUAUUGAGCCUGUUGAUGAGGGCACCAAGCAUCAUCUGACCUUGCUGUUGAAACUGGAGGAUAAACUGAACAGGCACUUAAGCUGUGAUUUGUUACCAAAUGAGAACGUGCAGGAGCUGGCUGUGGAGCUCGUUCAGCUGGGAUUCAUCAGUGAGGGCGAUCAGCCGCGACUCGCAUCCGUUCUUGAAGAGGCCUUUUCAAAGUUCUACAGCCGGAAUGGUUCUCUCAAUCCGGUGACUGUUUCCUCGUAGCGGAGGACUCGCUAGGCCUUCUUUCAGCCCUCCUCAUCCUCUACAACAGGACUAGCUUCUUUUGCUCCACCUCUGAGUUGCAGGAAAGCUUUGCGAGGACAGAGGAGGAAGCCUUUGGUCUGGUUGCAGAUCCUGCAGCCUGUCAUCUUCUGGUGGGAAGAAGCUGCCACUAAGUGGUUGUUGCUUUCUAUCUUUUCUUUUUUUUUUCUCCUCCCUCCCACCCAAUACAGCCAUCUGCUUCUCUUUUAAAAGAGGAAAUCCUAGUCGGCAACUUCAAGGAAAAUACAAAUGUUUUCACUUUUUUGGCUUAUUUCAUUCAAGUAGUGAAGAAAGAGGUAAGAAACAUCAAACUGGAGUACAGAAGUAUUUUCCUUAAGUCAGUAUUAAAACUGUAUUUUAAACAUUUUUACUUAAAACUGUUUAAUAGUUGUCUGUAUAAAGAAACCCCUCUUUGUCCCGGCA